AAUGCGGAAUGCGAGUAAAUUGUAUAUUACGGCUCAGGACUCUCUCGUGGAUACGCCGCACCUGCCUGAUAAAACAGCCUAUUGGUCAGGCGUCUCUUUUAAUGAAACGCCCCGAAGGCUAGACGCUGCAGAUGGGGUGGGGGCUUCUCAGAUCUCGCUCUCUCUCCUGUCGCCUUCUGAUCUCUCUGUGAUCGUUCCUCCACACCAUGAGCACAGUUUACUGGCUCCUGCUGCUCAGCGCGCUAGCCGGAUCCUCAGCCCAGGAAACCCUCCCUCUCGCUGGGCAUAAACACAGACCUGUUCCUGGCUCAAGCAACAACAUCAGCAAAAAUGACCCAGGGGUUCAGUAUGCUGUGCUGGUCUCGACGUACACAUUCAACAAUGAGUCCAAUGACAUAUUCUUCUUCAGGGCGUAUGCUAUCAAAGUUGCUCAAGUACAGAUUGUGAAGGGUAUCAAGUACAUUCUGGAGGUGACCAUCUCGCGCACUGUCUGCAGGAAGAGCACGUCUCCACCCAGCCUUGACAAAUGUCCCUUCCAGCCUAAGGGAGCACUGCAGCAGAUGUUCAACUGUCAUUUUGAAGUGUGGGCCAUUCCAUGGAAGCACUGGAGCAAAGUGACCUCCUUUGUGUGCCACCCGCCCGGCCGCUUGCUGCCUACAGGAAAUGAGAGGGCUCGACUGUGAGCGGCGUGGCCCCCACCCAGACGCACUCGGCAUGCGCUGAAACUAAUGCAGUGACUAAUACUCUAGGUCCACUUUUUCCGCAGUUGAGGUGACUCGUCCCUUACACCCCCCCAAAUUUAAUCGUUAGAUUCCCCACCGCUUGUUUUAUCCUGACCUGACUCCCAGGCAUAUUUGUUUCAUAACUUGAUGUACUUUCUGGAAGCGCUUACGUAAUGGAAUUGGUACAUGGAUGACUGACAGUUGUGUGCUGCAGGAAAUGCAGCAAGAAGCCUUUUCACACCCCCUGACUGAGCAGGCAGCUCAAACCACAGGCACUAGCACUAUCUGCAAGCAGUACUAACUAGCUGUCACACCGCUAGCCUCAAGCUGUGAAUUCAAGAGCACCGGCUUAACUCAGAAACAUUCUCCUGACUUGUUCAGUACACCAUGCUGUAAGCAAGUACUUAUGCUACAGAUCAACCUAAGAGCUGGAGUGUGAAAAUUUACCUUUACAGCUCCCCAUUUCAGCUUUUUAACCGCUACGUUAUGGUGCAAACGGUUGAUUUCUAGAUUUACCUUCUUUAAUGGUUAAAAAAAAAAGUCUAAUGGUUAAAAAGCUGCAUUUAGCUGCAUGUGGAAUAGAAACCAAAUCUGCCCCCCCCCCACACCCACCCACCCACCAAACACUUUUCAAACUGAGUGCUGCUUCUGCAUACUUAUUUCCCAUUUUCUGAUAAAAUGAAGCGGAACAAAUUUUUCCAUAAGCGAACAAAAACUGCUGAAAUAAAUGCACACUUAACCUGACAA